GUUGGUGGAAGUACCUCUGCUAAUUUCCGGUGGGAUCCAUAACGGUCCCGGGUAGCCGCGUGAAUCAGAGCAAGGCGACCCUAUUUUUAUCUGCCGCGACAGAGUGCGGGAUGGCGAUGUGGCCGCCGCGCUCUCACGAUUUAUGCCCGAAUCGAGAAGAGGAGCUGCGGCCACCUGACUUGCAGAUUUAUAGUGACGGAAUUGAAAUGGCCUGCCAGCAACAAAAGGAAUUUGUGAAGAGUUCUGUGGAAUGCAAGUGGAAUUUAGCAGAAGCCCAGCAGAAACUUGGCAAUCUAGCCCUGCACAACUCCGAAUCCUUAGACCAAGAGCACGCCAAGGCACAGGCAGCAGCUACAGAGCUGAGAUAUAGUGAAGAAGAAUGGCGCCGGAAAGAAGAGGCAUUAAGGCAACGGGAAAGGCAGGAUCAGUGGAACAUAGAUUUUGUUAGCAAGGAAGUAUUUAAUAAGAGUUUCAUUAAUCAAAAGGAAAGGAAAGAAACAGAAGAAGAUGCAUCUAAAUCUUUCAUGCAGAAACAUGAGCAAAAGAUUAGACAUUUUGGAAUGUUGAGUAGAUGGUUUGACAGUCAGCGAUUUCUUUCUGAACAUCCCUAUCUUGUCUGUGAAGAAACUGCUAAAUAUCUCAUUCUGUGGUGUUUCCAUCUAGAAGCUGAAAAGAAAGGAGCUUUGAUGGAGCAAGUGGCCCACCAAGCUGUUGUGAUGCAGUUUAUUAUUGAAAUGGCCAAAAGCUGUAAUGUGGAUCCUCGAGGCUGUUUUCGUCUGUUUUUUCAAAGAGCUAAAAUGGGAGAAGAAGGCUAUUUGGAGGCUUUUAAAAAUGAACUUGAAGCAUUCAAAUCAAGAGUGAGAAUUUGUUCGCAGUCCCAAAAUUUUCAGGCAAUGUCUGUUCAGAAUCCUUCAGUUCAUACCAGCUUGAAUUCUAUAGGAGGGUUUGCAUGUUUUCCACAGAAUUCAGAGUCGCUUCAAAGCUGUAGUGGGAACUCGGUGGUACACAGGGAUGAGGAAGAACCCAAAAUGAUGGAUACCGUAUAGAACUCCUAAGACUGUAGAGCCCAGCUGCUCUUAUUGCUAUGAGAAGAACAUGCUGACUUUAUGGAGACUUAUUUUAAGGGUGCUGCACUUUAGUUUGGGUGUCUGUUUUUUGGAGAGAGGAUAAUCCAAAAACACACUUGUCCUUUGUUUGGAAAAUGUGCUGCUAGGAUUUUUAUUUUCUUUUGUGUUUUAGGAGAGGGAUUCUUGUCUGUUGCUGAAUGUGAAACUGGAGGUUUCUUCUGUUACUACUAUACUCUGCCUUUUUAAAUUUUAGGAAUCAAAGUGGGGGGAAAUCUGCACAGUUGCAAUGUUUACAAAUGGUUGAUUCUAGGAGGGAUCUGCUUUAAUUUUAUUAGACAUGCCCAUGUCUCACUCUGGAUAUGGAAAGCAUUGUUAUACAUUCUACUGCUUGCAUUGUAAGCGCUCAAAUCUAAUUUUUAUCAUGAGUAGCAAUAAAUCAGUGGUUGCUAGCAACACUGCUGAUCUGGAUGGCUGGGGGGGGGGG